AUGGCAAAGUUCGUAACUUUUCUUGGGCUGAUUUUCGUCGUCUACGGCGUUCACGGUACAAGUUACGAUAAACUGUAUGCAUAUGCUAACGAGAAAGUGGCGGAGUAUUUCGAAAAUGAAAUCGAUCCAGCACUAGCGAAGCUGGAAGGUGUUGUGGUAAAAGCGGUUUACAUCGUAGAACUUGUCCAAAUAAAGCUAAACCAGACCUGGUCAGAAACGGCUGAAAAGAUAGACACAGAUGUCGAUACGCUGAUAAAUGGAACCUCCGCUGACGUUAGCUCCUGCCUGUCCGAAUACUCGAAUGAAAAAGCGAAAGCUAGCGAAAUUUUGGCAAAUGCAACCUCUUGCGUGAAUGCAAAAAAAACUACGAUUACCGAGGUGUACAGCACGAUCAAAGCCGACAUAAAAUCAUUCAUAAAUGAUCUGUCGGAGGACACGAAAUCCGCUUGGUCUUGCAGCACUUUCAACAUAUGGAAAUUGUGGAAAUGCGCGGAAACAUACAUCAGCAGCCUUGAAAACAGUGCUCAAGACACCUACAGCAAUUUAACGAGUCAAAUAAAGAAUUUCGAGGCUACAUACAGCGAUUUUGGAAGCUCAUUGGAAGAUUGCGCCAUUACUACCGUAGAAGCAACUGCUACUACUCGAUUGACUGAGUCUUACAACACGCUGAAAGAUUGCAUUGCAGAAUUAUAGAAUUAUGGUUCAGCUUGAAAU